AGUUGGAUAUCUGGGUCAAAUGGGCCCUCCAAUCCUAGCUUUUUGAUGAAUCUCCAGACUGACCUCCACAGUGGUUGCACAGUCUACACUAGCACCAAUGGUGCAAAAGAGUUCCUUUUACCCUGUAGCAUCUCCAGCAUUUGUUGUUGGUUGUUUUCUUUAUCCUGGCCAUUCUUUCUGGGGUGAGAUUCAUCUGCUCUCCUUUUGUAUCAGCCUAAGUUUCAAAUUAUUCUGGAUUAUCCAGAUGGGGCAUGAAUGUAAUUCUAUUCCAAAUCUCCUCUGUGAGACAGGAAGAUAAUUUUUUUGGCUGGAGAUCAAACUCAUGAGCUCACACUUUCCAGGCAGGCACUUAGGCACUUGUGUCCCUGAUCUAAAUUCCUGGUCUGAGGAAGGAAAUUUAAAUGCAGAAGAGAGGGUCAGGUGAAGACAGAGGUAGACACAUGACUGAUGGAUGCACAAGGCUGGAGGAGGCAAGGUUCAACCUCAGAUCUUGUGGAGGAAGAAAAGCCUUGACUAUAUCUUGAUUCUUGCACUCAAUUUCAUGUUUUGGGCUCCCUGCCUUUGGAAGAUGUAAUUUUGAGCUUCCUCUACAUAGCCAUGCAUCAAUGUAGUGUGAUGAUUUGGGAGAGCCACAGUCUGGCUCUACCAUGGCUCUACUGUGGCAGGAAACACAUUGUGAGGAAAGCUGCCCUUGAGAAGCUAAGGAUGUGGCGUCUAUGCAACCUGUGCAUGUGGGAGGAGGUGGCCAAAGACAGGACUGCAGGGAGAGUGGGGGGAAGUGUCCUGAAUCAAGGGAACCCAGCAGUAUGGGAGGAGGCAACAGGGAGCAGGGGAACCCAGCACUGUCAGGAGCUGGUUGCCCAGGAGAAGAGGGGCAUUCAGGGAUGUAGGUAGAGCCUGGGGAGCCAUGAGCCACACUUGUCCUGGCCAGCAAGGCCUGUAUUGUAGGAAGGACAUUUGGGGUAUUGUAACCCUGGGCAGGACUGUGCCCACAUAGUGAUGCUGUACAUAGAGGGAGGCACCCACUCCUAUGCCCUGUGAGCUCAUCACAUCACUGAGGAACAUAUCUCCCAGGAGAGGUGACUCAGAGUCAUUGGGUGGGAAGAGGUGGUGACUGCCUUUAGGCCAAGAUCCAGGCAUCUAGCUAAGUCCUCAGAAGCUCACGCUUACUUCACUCCAGGCUUCUGAGAGAGGGGUUCCAGAAGGCCUGCAGACAUGCAAAGGUCUGGCUGAACUUAGCAUUGGUCUCUUCCAUCCUUUACUACCUCCCUGCCCCUCAUCCCAUCCACACCAGGCCAGGGUGGCCAUGCCACUCAGGACAGGGAGUUUCUCUCUAUUCUAGUGUUAUUCAUGUCCCCUUUCCCAUGGGAGGGUCAGCUACCUACUGUUCCUAUCUGAAAUAGACACAUGAGGAUAAGAGCAGCAGGGGAUCAUGGCUAAAAUGGGGAGGAGCAGAAGGGCUGAAGUCCCCAAGGAACAUACAAGGAAGCCCCAGGAAGAGCCUGAAUCCCAUGGCUCUGGACCAGGGACCUCUUCUCUUCCAGUGCCUGGACUGGCCACUCUCCUGGCAUGGCCUGGAGUUCCAGGCAUAAAGACAAGCAGCUUCUUUGGAGAGCCAGGCUGUCCACUCCCAUAAGCCACCUUUGGUGGUGUCCAACACAGACUCAACUAUGGAACAGGGUGCUGUGUGAAAGCAGAGUGGCUGCAAGGAUCAACUUGCAAGCCUGGACCCAUUGGGUGCCAGCAUCUACAGACAGGAAGGAGCCAAGCUGGGAGGAUAAAUGUCUUAUCCAGUCCCAGGGCCAUGACAUGCUCAGUGCUAUCGGAGUCCAGAGCCAAGAAUGGCCCACUGGAUACCAGGUGCCCACUCUAGGUCCUGUUCUGAGCUGUGGCCUGCAGUCCCUUGGCCCCCAUGGUCAGUCCGGGCCCUCUCCUCUGCAUGGCCAUCCAGGCUGUGGAGUAAAAUAUAUCAUCGCUCUUCCCUGGGGACAAGGAGCACAGAGGCAUGGAGGUCUGCAGCAUGAGUUUAUAUAGCAUACAAGGCAGCUCUAUAAGCAGUGUGGCUUUUUUGGCACCUGGGUAGGCAGCACUGUACUGUAAGGACAGUCUCACAGCUGUCUCAUUAGUUUGUGGCACAUGGGGCAGCCAGAUUGCACCUGGACAGAACUGACAGGAAGAAUGGGCAGUGGAGAGACAGGAGGCACCUGAGCGGGCAGAAUGCACAAAGAUGGCUUGGAUUCAGGAUGAGAAUAGGGGGAGAAACCCAGGCCCGAGACCUGCGGCCUCCAUGCUCUGGCCUCCCUUCGGCCCCUGCCCAGCCACACUCAUUGCCUGUUCGGUCAUUGAUGUAUUUCUCUGUGGGGGAGAAAACAUGAGAGUAGGCAGGAUGUUGAUGUGUGUGUGUGUGUGUGUGUGUGUGUGUGUGUGUGUGUGUGAUAUUUCUGGCUGCCAGGACCCCUGCACUAUCCAUGUCUGCUCAAACCUGGCCUGACACAGCUGCUGAGCAUCUUGGAGUAGCCUGCAUUUGAGGCCUCAGGUUUGGCUCCCCCAUGGAUCUGGCACUCCAUGCUGCUCAGGCACAAAAACCUCCUUUUGAGCCCUAGGAAAAGCUCACUGCUGGCCUCUUGUGACCUAGUUGGAGUCCCCUCUGUAGGCCAUGUCAGUUCAGUGUAAGUACACCAGCUAUGUCAGGAAUGGGCAAGCCCCAGCAGAUGGAGGAGGUGGCCCAGGAUAGGAAGGCCCAAGGUAUGAGGAGGAGGUGGCUCAGGAAAGUGAGACUGGAGAAAUUUGAAACUAGGACUGACAUUGUCAUCUGGACUGGUUUUGGGUAAAAUAUUAGGGGGACAACUUGAAGACAGGAUUCAUGGGAACUCACAGACCCCAUGGCAGGAGGUCCAGCCUCUCUAGUGACUGGAAACGAAACUGAGUGUCUCCAGUCUGAUUUUUCUGGUGGGCAGCAUCAGGCCUUGAUAGAUUUCACCUCUUUGUCCACUUUACCCCAGUUGAGUACCUACACCGAUGACUGGAUUCCUUCUGCAGCCUUCCAGAGUGCACGGAUUACCGCUGUUCAGCACCUUGUCUCACUGAGGAUAUUUUUCCAGCUCAUAGAGAGCAGCAAUGGUGGAGCCCCUAGGACUGGAGGAACCAGGGGUAUAGGGAAGGUGGCUCGCUCUGGUGGCCACAGCUUUGCUCAACUUCACUUGCUGCCUUUUCAUCAUCCAUCCAAAUUGAUGGGGAGCAGUAGAUGGAUAUCUUGUGUGUGUUUGGGGGACUGAGGCUAGGAUCUUUCCACCAGGUAAGUACUCUGUGUAAAGCCCCUGCUUUCAGUGUGCACUGCCCCUGAGCCAGGCUGCAGCCCUAGUAGCAGAUGAGUAGACAGUGGGGACCCUUGUAGUCCCAUAUAAAGCCAGAAAAACCCCAGUAUAACCUCAGGUCAGUUGUCCAGGUCAGUCAUCACCCUCAUGUGUGAGUCAUCUCAGGGGACACUGCAGAAGGCCUAAGGUUAACACUGCCUCCCCAGCAUAUUGGCCAGGCCACUAGUGAGCAAAUGCCUUCCUUCCCUCUCAGACAGGUGUGGCAUGAGCCAUUUCAAGGGCAGCCCUGAGAGAGACCCCAGACUUGAGCCUCUGGGACCCAUGACCCAAGAAUGUGGUUAGAGAUGAAGGGCUGAUCUAAAUGACCUCUCAAGGACAAGGCCAAACCCUGGUACCCAUGACCUAAACCACUUGGUGUACACAUCAGAGUGCAGCCCACCUUGCCCGUCAUUCCACUUGUGCCACAGGUCCUUUUUCCAGGGUUCUGCAGUGAGCUGUGACUGCAGCCAUCAAUGUCCCUUGUGCCUAGCUCUGUAUCUCUGUCUGCUCUGUGAAUGAGUUAGAGAUGAGGAGGGAGAGAGGAACUCAAGGCAUGCCAUCCUGCUCCAGGGCAUGGGCUGGGGCUCCCAUGGGGGCCAAGAUCUGGGCUCAGCAGGCUCCGGGCAGCACCCUGUCCUUGUCUGUCCUGAAUGUCCGCCUCAGCCACCCGAGCAUGUCCUGACCUUUGCAAGAUUCAGCAAAGAGUGGGGGUGGAGCAUUUCUUUGUCUUUUUUUUUCCCCUAAGACAGGGUCUUCGUAAGUCUUCAGGGUGCCCUUGAACUCACUAUGUAGCCCAGGCUGGCCUCCAGCUUUGUAGUCUUCCUUAGGCUUUGGAGUGCUGGGUUGCAGGCAUGCGCUACCAUGUUCCACCAUAACCAGCACAUUCCAUGUUUUCUGCAGGUGCAGGGAAAAGGUCUUGCCACACAACACGCACUGGGAACAUGCUCAGAGAUAACAGCUUGUCAGGACCUGAGCUUCUGGCAGACAGAGCCAACUGGGUGCAUAGAUGUGGCUCAGUGAACACCCACCAGGAGCCCUCGUGCCCUCAAGAUUGUGGAGUUCUAAGAAUGUCUCCCAUGUCAUCUGCCCUCUUCAUUUCUCUCUACCUUGCACAAUUGUGACCAGAGGGGAAGGAACUGAUAUCUGGUCAUGUGUUUCUGAAGGUUGGCUGCAGUCAGGAGGCCUAUAACUACUUCCUCUUCAGUCCUAUCUCAAUCUUUGCUGUCCUCCUGCAACGCCUGGCUGCUGAGAGCUGCUGAGAAGCCAUGACUUUGGAUCUCUUGUUUCUCAACCUCACCCUGCUCGGGGCCGUGAAGCCUCAGGAGCAGGUUUUCAAUAUAACUGUGUUACCAACCUUUCCUCCGAUCAACCCGGUUCCCCUGCAGCCAAAGUUCCAGUACGACAAGUUCCAGGGCAAGUGGUACACGAUAGCGAUGGCAGACAGCAGAAUUCGCAAUGGAAAGCAAAAGGGGUUAAACAUGCAGAGCGUCACCUACAUGCUGAUACAGAACUACAACUACGUUGUCAUCACCACCAUGCUCAGGGGCCAGGGCUGUGAUCACUGGACCAGAGUCUUUUUUCCAGCUCACCUUCCUGGCGAUUUCAUCCAGGAAACCAUCAGUGCAAGUCACCGUGCAAUACAGAGAUUCUCCAUGAGAGUGGCAGAUACCGACUACGAUCAGUUUGCUGUGAUGGCUUUUACGCAAGUCUUCAAAGACAGGGUGCUCUUCUACCUCACCCUCUAUGGGAGGACCAAGGAGCUGAGUCCCAGACUGAAGAAAUACUUCAUCCGCUAUGCUAAGUAUGCCGGCUUAACAGAAGAUAACGUUGUCUUUCACACCCGGAUAGAGAAAUGCAUCAGUGACUGAAUAGGCAUGCCUGCUUUCUGUCCCCUGUUCUUCCUGUCAUUGCUGUUCAGAUGCCAUCUGGCUGCUCCACGGGCCACAAACAAUGAGACAGUUGUGAGACCCUCCUUACAGUGCAGCACUGCCUACUCAGGUGCUGCAGAAGCCACGCUGCUUGUAGAACUGCCUUGUAUGCUAAAUAAACUCAUGCUGCAGGCCUCCA